AUGCAGGGCCGGCCGGGUGCGACUGAGCAAGACGGGGAACUGUCCGGCGAUAUAUGCAAUCUCGUCGGGGCCGCAGAAGGGGGUGCAUAUGUUGAGCACCGAGCCCCUCCCCCCUCACUGCAAUACAUGUACCGCCACCCCAUCAACAUCCACAGCACCUUCCUCGACGUAACCGGCGACUUUCUCCGCCGGCGCUUCGACAGCAUCGAGGCCGCGCAGCGCUGGAUCGACGAGAUGGACCGGUCGCCGUCGCUGCUGGCCGACCAGCUCGCCGCGUCGCUGUCGCUGUCGAUUAAGCCCAGUCUUGCUGCCACGUCGCGGGAGCGCCGGAGGGACCCGGUUUAUAAGGGCCCUGGGAUGGUUGGCAUGGGAGGAGGAGCAGGAGGGAUGGCGGGGAUGGGGAAGGUGAGUGCGUUUAGGGUGGCGAAGAAGGUGGAGGGAAGGUAUAGUAGGAGUCAUACUGGGGCUGUGGUGAGGAGACGGAGUGAUGGGGAUGUGGCGGGGGUGGUGGGGGUGGUGGGGUUGGAGAGGGGGAUGGCGGAGGUAGCGAUGGAGGAUUAG